ACCCUUUUCAAUUCCAUCCUCAAUCUUCAAAAUCCCCAAACGAAAUCAACCAAAAGAUGUCGUCACAAGGCUACGCAAUCGAACUCUACUUCGAUCCAUCACUCGAGAACCAAGUCUUGAAAGCUUGGAACGUUUUCGCUCGUCGUCAAAUCAGUACAAACCUAAUCAACAACGAGUCUCGUCCACACAUAACUUUAUUCUCAACUUCAUUCAUCGAUUCAACAAAGCUUGAACCAAUCUUGAAAUCAUUCUCAUCGAAACAAGAACCAAUCUCUCUCUCUUUCUCUUCAAUAGGAAGCUUUUCUAAUAACAACAAUGCUCUGUUUCUUUCGCCGACACCGUCUCUUUCGCUUCUUCAGCUUCAGGUUCAGUUAUGUGAAGUGGUUAAGAAAGAAGGGUUUGAGAUUGGUGAAGAGUAUCGUGUUGAUUCUUGGGUUCCGUUUUGUCCUGUGGCUGUUGAUGUUCCUAAGUCACGUAUCUCUGAAGGGUUUUUGGUUUUGAGAGAUUUGAAGCUUCCUGUGAAUGGUUAUGCUAUGGAUAUUGGUCUUGUUGAGUUUUCUCCUGUUCGUGAAGUCUUCUCUUUUGGUCUUGGUAACAAUUUGGAGUCUUGAUAUGAAAAUGUUUAGCUUUGAGCUAGUAAUAAUCUGAUUAUGUAAUUCCCUUUGGUUUAGUUAACAAAAGUUUCGAGCUUGUUUGGUACUUGAUGAUCUUGAUGGAACAGUAUAGGAAGCAAUUAUGUUUAUGUUACAUCUACUUUUAGUUUAUGUAGUUUUGGUGAAAAUUUCUUCGAUAACGAAAUGCUUGAAUGUUCUGCAGAUUAGAGUUAAGCUUGACUAAAGUUGUAUUAUUGAUUUGAGAUUCUUCAAUUGUGUUUCAUGUCUUUGUGUUUCAUGAAUUGGUCGAAGCCAUUUUGCUGUUAAUAUCUUGAUGGAACAGUAUAGAAGCAAACAUUUUUGAUACAGAAAUGCUUGAAUGUUCUGCAGAUAGAGCUAAGUUUGACUAAAGUUGUAUGAUUGAUUUGAGAUUCUUGAAUUGUGUUUCAUGUCUUUGUGCAUGAACAUGAAUUGGUCGAAGCCAUUUCGCUGUUAAUAUCUUCUCAAUUCACUGUGUACAAAAGCUUCGAACUUGAUGAUCUUCAUGGAACAGUAUAGAAGCAAUUAUGUUCUUUUAUGAAUUGUUAAGAUUUGAUCUUCUUGUUCUUCAGAGCUUCUCCAUAUAUUAUGUCACUGCGAUCUCGUUUUCGCUGGUUUGUAUUGUAAGUUACUUAAUGGAACAAUAUAGAAGCAAUGUAUGU